AUGUUCAACCCCCAUGCCCCCCAACAGCAACUGGCCGGCGGAAAUCUAAACCCUCAGUAUCAACCAGCAAACACCUCCAACCACCCGAUAAACUCAGGGCAGCAAGCUCAGGCCUCAUAUCGAUCCCAACAUAGAGUCUAUGUCGCCAAUAUCAAUCAUCAAAGGCCUAGUCCAUCCCCGAGUCACCCUCAAUCUCAGCAAGGCAUCUACACAUCUGAUAUCCAUCAUCAAAGGCCUAGUCUGGCGCCCAGUCACCCUCAAACAAACUACCUGAUGAACGAAGGACGGCCAAAUCAAAAUCCAAAUCAAUCUCAGCACAGUGUCCAUCAUCAAAGACCUAGUCAGUCUAACCACCCCAUGAACGCAGGACAGCAAGCUCAGGCCCCAACCUAUGUCGAUAGCAGCCAUCGUCAACGACCUGGUCCGGUGGCGCAACUGAGUCGCUCUCAUGGUCUUCAACCACAGCCAGUCAAUCCUGUGGUCCAGCCACGGUUGCAUCAUCAAACCCAUCACCCCAACCCAUUGCACCACACUCAGCAACAUCCUACCCCCCCACGAACGGCAUUAUUGGCACCUCAUAACCAACCGUCACAAACUCAGCCCAUUUUGCCAGGUCAUAGAAGCGUACUCGGCCACACUGUCAAUCGACCGAGCUCUUCGCAACCUCAGCACCAUGUUUCAUCACAAUUGCCAUACCAAGCCACCAAUCUACAUCAGCCCACCACUGCCACCGUCCAAAUUCACCAGGCCACCACCAACUCUCGCCAGAUCCCUGCGGCUCCCUCACGUGCCACCACUGCUAGUAUCUCCCGCCAGACCACUCAAGCACCCCCACCAAGAAUCCAAGUGUCAGCUCUUCCAAACCUUCAAAGUGAGCUGAAACGUGCCUUAGAUGCCAAUGCAAAGGCUGCGCAAGCCCAAGCGGCCAAGGUAGCAAAGGCGGCAGCCAGGGCUGAUGCCAAAGCUGCAGCCAAACAGGCAGCAGCGGCCAAAGCUCCACCCAAACGGGUUACUGGCACAAGUGUGAGUACCCUGGAGGCCAACCGGUCGCAGGCUGCCAAUCAAAACACAGACUCAACCACGGGGAAUACCUCCACUUCUGGAGCGAAUAAGUUUGCACCGGCGCCUCCACCCCAAAACCUGUCUAACCCAACCCCUCUGAAGCCAGCCGCUUUGCCCAUAGCCGACCUUGACUUUUCUGGACUGCAGUCACGAUCGCCAUCCCCCACCCUUCCCACGGAGGUGCCAAGUCCACAGGCUCAGGCUCUUGGGGGUGAAGCAGCUGAUCUGGAAGGAGUCAAUCCGGAGACCGAAGAUCAAAAUGACAGUGAUAUCUUUGAUGAUGAUCCAGGUGACAACGAACAUGUCCACCACCCAACCAAUCAAACAAAGAGAAGAAAACUGGCCCCCGAGCUUGUACGUCAACUGUAUAAAAUGGAGUUGGACGAGCUGAAGACCAAGGUAUCAAAACUUGGAAUCUACAGACGACUAGUCGCCAAAGAGAAAGCCGACUUUGAUGAAGCAUACGAAGAAUAUCAAAAGCAUAUACAUCGGAUUGCCUGUACCAAUCUACUGAAGAUCGAGGCCGUUGAGGCCUAUUUAGGGCAAGGUAAUCGAGCACGUGGGAGUUCAUCGUACAACAACUUUGUCCGAUAUAAUGAGGAAGCUCGACAGAUCAAGGCUGAUAAGAGCAUCUCAAUGGGACAGCGUUGGUCCAAGUGUGGUUUACUGUGGAAUUCGCAGGACCCCGAGACCCAACUGAAGUACAAAGACCCAGCAUUCUUAGCCACUUUGCCUAAUCCUUUUGUCGAGCCUGAUCCUCUUGUUGAGCAAGGCUUGUCAAGCAAUGCAAACAUUCCAACGACAACAGCACCCCCAUUGGCAACAACAUCGUCAUCAAAACCUCAACGCAAGUUAGCUAAAACAAGCAAGUUUGAUGCCAACCGGUGGGCCAACAAGAUCCGAACUGAUGGCUUCUUGGUUGUUGUAUAUCCACACAAGAAGGGUCGGGCGUUACUUACUGGGGGAAGCAGUAUGGGCGAGGCAUUUAUAGACUUGUUUCCCAAGGAGUCGAACCCCUGCAACGACUUUUUAGACUUUGUCAAGGGGCAAGUCGCGCUGUCCAAGGUCUUGGGGUCGGAGGCACCUCUUCCAAAGAAGGUAAGGAAACCAAGGGUUGCAAAGAACCGUAUGGAGAACUCUCAAUAUGAUAAAGGUACCUUGGAAGCUAAUGUGACAGCUGUGCGCGAGCAGCUUGGAUAUGCUAUUUAUAAAGUGACCAAAGGAGUUCGGCAGAAUGGAUGGCCCGGUUCCAACACUCUUGCAACAUUGAAGAAGUUGAAUGUCGUGCUACAAGUCCGCGAAAACCCCUUGAAAGUAACUGUCGACGAAUUCUGCAAGCCACCGUCCAACAUGGUGAUUGGAGAGACUCAACGUAUCCUCACUGCAAUUGGAGAAGGCUGGGUGGAACUUUUGGGCCCCUCUCCUCCGACUCCUCCGAAUACGACUUCUGAUUUGGGUGCAGAUCGCGAAGACGGAGGGCCGAGCAGGCCGUCUGUACAGGUUGGACCUGUUCCACCUGGUGAAGAACUUCAAAACCGAAAAGCAGCCAAGUCAAAGGUCUCUAAACCCAAAGCCACAAAACCAACAGCCAAAAAAACGGCAGCCAGUCGUCAGAACACCAGUCAAAGUGGCGAGGCAGACAAUGCGAAGAAAUCAACCAAAAAAACGACUGCAGGUGGUAGUAAGCAGAAGCUGCCUCGGAAGAAACGCCAAGAACCCGUCAGCUCCUCAUCGGAAGAAGACGUAGAAACAUCUAUGGAAGAACCUAGUGAACAUACACCUACCGAAGAAUCGAGUGAUGAAGAAGAAUGUGAUGGGAACAUGUUGGAGGAAGCAGAUGUUGUUCUGGAAAAAUCUAGACAAAGUCAAGUGGUCUCAACUAGAAUAGGAUCGUCGCGAAACCUUGGACAAAAACAAAAACAGUCGAGCAACGUUCGAAAAGGAAACCCUUUCUUAAACCAAAACAAGCGGCCAUCUAUACAAAAGCGAAAGAGACGCGCUCACAUCUCGGUAGGCGAUUCUGAUGGGUCCGACGGGAUAGCAGAAGGUGAUAACAGUCAAGUUCAGGGUGACCAAGUCAUCCGGAAAGGCAAGGGGGGUCCUUUCAAAAAUGGGAGGAGGCCUAAAAAAGUUCAAAAGGUGGCAAUUCCCAAUGAUGAAGAAUCAUAA